CAUCCUCCCCUCCUCAUUCGUCCGUCUCCUCCUUGUCUCCAACCCUAUAUAGGCGAGCUCGUCAAAAAUCCAUAUACGCCUGAGACAUCUUUUUUUAUUUACUUCUCUUUUGUUCACAUUUUAUUUUACUUCUGCUUUGGUUUGAUACACGUCCCACACACAUAAUAUCGAACCGUUUCCGCACACGCUCCGACCAUUCACAAUGCCGAUCUCGUUACUACCCGCCUCGGCUGCGGCCUUUGCGCCACGAUCAAACGUCAACGUUGUUCUUGCGUCCAAGGUCGAGCCAUGGUUAACACAGACAUUGAAGAGGAUAAACCGAGUCAAGCGCCCACUCAACAGCGUGCAACAACACACACGAUGCCUGACAGAAACACUUUCGGGUCCCAACGCUAUGUGGUCGUUGUGCAGCAUCAUGGUCCCAAAGGCUCCGGAUGCGGAACUGCGCAAGGACGCCAACCCUCUGGUCGAGGCCCUGUUCAACUACCAGCUCAUCCACAUCGAGGCGUAUGCCGUGCACGUCGACAUGGUUUCACAGCAUGAGGUUGCAUUCAAGCUCACGCCCGAGACCAUCGAGUCGCUGAUCGAGUACCACAAGGACAUCUACUCGGUCGACGUGGCAGCCAGCACCUGGGAAUGGGCCGAGAAGGAGCAGCAGCUGAAGAAGCUGCAGGACGGGUUUGUGCAGGCCGUCAACCGCUACGUUUUCCGCACCGGCGUCAAGGCACUGGAAGGACUCGAGGAGGAGGGUGCUGGCGAGCUUCUCGAGGCACGCAGCGAGGACGUCAAGAGCGCCAUCAUGGGCCUCUUCCACCCGCUCCUGCCUCCCCCACCGAGGAUCGUCGACGUGGUCCGCCCCGCACCGCUCCUUGCCAGCUCGCACGCCGCCUCCAACUGGUGGCAGCCUUGCCCCAUCGCACACCCGCAGCCCGUGGACACAUGGCGCGUCAUCCCCUCGACGCCCAGCCCGACAAUCACCACCUGCAGUGAAACACAGCCCUCUUUCUGGAGCACCAUGGGCCCCUCUGGCUUCGAGGCCAUCCAGCUGCCUUCGCCCACACCGUCGUUCAGCCAGCCGUACAACACCACGAGCGUGUACUACAGCCCGCCUCCGGCCAUUGCCCCGAUCCCCUGCCUCCCGCUGCCGAGCAUGCUCGCCCAGCAGUGCGGAGGUGCCGUACACGGCUUUGGCGGUGGUUUCGGAUGGGAUUCUGGGUUCGCUACGCAGUACGCUGCCUUCACAUAAGCAGCUGCGCGCGUGACGCCCAGAAAAACUCCGGUGUAGCCCUGAGGUCCGCUGUCGAAUCGAAGCUGGGAAGUGUGGACAUGGCCCGUCCGACGAAUUCCUUCCCGUAGGUUGUGCACAACCUCAUCCACGAUGCCCGACACGAGACGAAACGAUAUCAUCACUACCAAGCAUGGGACGGCGUUUUUCCAACCUUAGCGUUUGCUUUUUUAUCUCCUAUCAUUUUCCUACUUUGAUACCUCAUGUUUUAGCGAGCGUUUUUUUUCUCAUUACACAUUUUUUUCCUUUCCCAUUGUCACGCAUCACGACGA